UGUUAAUCCCAGGUGAGUAAUGAAGGGUGAGCAUCAUCAUUUCGAUGAAACUCACCGGACAACAAAUGGAGGAUGACGUCACUUCCGUCAGAGAAUCGCGAGAUGAUCCCUUGUAGUGUCCGAAAGAGAAAGAUGGUGCGGAGGUGCAAGAUGAUGUGGUGGAUCAUGCUCCUGGUGUUCGCGGCUGAAGCUCAAGAAAUAAGGAUCCCGGCAUAUACUGGAAGGACACAAAAUAAACCAGUCAUUCGUGUUGUGCCUUCUGAUGGAAUUUUGAUACGAGUAAGAAAUCCUGACCAAACCAAUGCAGCUCCAACCUUAACAAGGCAAUCUUCGGUUAUGAGGAUUCAGCCUAUCUUAAUCUCACCCGGAAUAACUCCUAGAGUUAGUCUGUUAGGGACACUAACACAAAUGGGACUGAGAAGAAUGGCUGCCAUCAUCGAUUUUACACAGUUGCAGAAGGAGCUGCAAGGAGGGGGGCCAGUGACGCUGUUUGCACCAACCGAUGAAGCAUUUUCUCUGAUAUCUGUCCCAAGUAACCCAGAUCGUCUAAGAGAAUUUGUAUUGCAACACAUUGUUAGUGGUCGGAUAUUGCCCGUAAACGUCAAAAAUGAUGUCAUUCUGCCAUCCUUAAGAACGAGUGGGACACCUCUUAGAUUAAACGUUUACGAUGAAGGUCAGAUGCUGAGUGUGUCAGGAUCUCAAUUUCUGGAUGACGCAAGAGAUUCGGGCUAUGUAAGAAUACAGCCCAUCGACCGAGUGCUGUAUCCAAUCUCCAAUGAAGAUUUGUUGACCGAGAUAAAGCUGACUUUUCCAAGACUAAAUGAUUUCCUGAUGAAAACAGCACUUGGACCGAAGCUUUCCAGUGGAACAUUUACCUUUUUUGCACCCACUGAUGAAGCUUUCGAAGCCUUGACGCCAGAAAUUGAAGAAAAACUAAGCAAUAAUAUAACAUUAUUAACUAAGGUACUUUUAAACCACGUGGUACCAGGAACUCACUAUAGUGCUGUAUUGGCCCAUGGAUAUUCUUUGAGAACAUUAGGAGGGGAACCAGUUCAUUUUACUAACAGAAGAGGUCUCAUUCUUGCCAAUGGAGUUCCUUUGGUGAAAUCCGAUGUAUCUUGCAAUAAUGGUGUCAUACACGCAAUUAAUAGAUUGCUUUUACCCCCUGAGUUGCAUUCUAGAAGGCGCCCUGUAACAAUUGGACCUCCACCAUUUACAAUGAAUACGUUACCAGAUCCUCCUUCUAUGGCAGAUGAAUUUUUGCCUGUUCCAGUUUACAGGGAGCCACCUCCAGCUAUUCCACGUUCUAUAACUAAAACUAUCUCAACACCCCUUCAGCUACCCGACGGCAAAAGAAUGACAUUUACCACGGCUAAUUCCUUACUUAGAAGAUCUUUAUUGCUUAGUACACUUAGGAAUAAUGGAUCAGAUAUAGGAUAUACUAUACUGGUUCCAACGGACAAUGCUUACAAAGCACUUGGACAGAAUGUACUGGAUCGUCUUCGUCGUAAUUCUCGUUUGUUACGACGUAUGCUACUCUCACAAAUGAUGGAGGGUCAAUUAAAUCUGACGACGGGAGAAGAUAGAGAUCAACCUGUGAAGUCUUUGGGAGGAACAGUCAUUAUCAGCUCUCUCAACGGUGGAAGUUCAUUGAUGGUAGGGGGCGCCAGAGUUCUUUCAGUUCGUCAAGCUGCAGAUGGAAUGAUAUUAGUCACUGACAAAGUAAUCCUCCCGUCUACAUCGCGGAAUGUUGCUGAUGCUUUACAGCCUUUCCCACAGUUUAAGCAAAUUAUCAAAUCUCGGCCGAAUAUACAAAGCCUCAUCAACAACGAUGGUUCAGUCUACACUAUUUUUGCACCGACUGAUGCUGCACUGUCUACUCUACCUCCGUAUCAAUUGCAAGAUACAAAUUUCUUAUCAGAACUUUUCUGGUCACACGUUGUCCCAGGUGCGUACUACAGGAGUCGGUUGUCUCCUGGUCUCAGAUUAACUACUGUAAGAGGAAAUGUUAUAAUUAUCCAUCGAACUCCAUCAGGUGGAGUAUUUGUAAAUGAGAAACCUGUAACUGGAGAGGAAAUAAUCACAGGAAACGGAGUCGUUCAUCCGAUUGAUAGCUUGCUCUUUAUUCCGGCUACACCUCAGCAAACUUCGCCAGAUCAAGAUUUUGACGACAAACUGAAUCAAAUUGGGAAUGAAUUUAACGCAACUACUUUUCUAGACUGGAUGAAGAAAGCACAUUUACGAAAUCAAUUACGAUCUCCAAGUCUUCGAGCAAACGGCUGCACCCUGUUUUUACCAACAAACUCUGCCCUGAGCAGAAUGUCUCCCACUCUACGAGCCGUUACCAUUGGUGAUCCAGAACGUUUAAACAAGUUUAUUCGAUUUCAUAUCAGUCCACAGAUACUUUCGUGGGAUUCUGUACAAAAUAAUGGAUUCAUGCCUUCAUUAUUACCCGGCAAACGAAUACGCUGCAAUAUUUAUGCAAAGGACCGAAUGCCAGGUAAUUAUCUAACUGUAUCUGGAUGCAUAGUCAGAGCUAUUCGUCCUAUCACUCCAGACAGUAACGUAUCAGUUGCGGUUAUAGACGAGGCAAUGACACCACCACCAGGAGAUCUGGCUCUCACAGUCGCUAAAACACCCAUGCUUAGUAAUUUUUCGAAGGUGCUGACACUGGCUGGAGGAAAAGACGUAUUUAAAGGCGAAGAACCUUUUACUUUGUUUGCACCGAACAACUGUGCUUUCUCAAAUAUGGAAACAGAAAUAUAUCAACAGUUAAUUGCUAACAGGAAAAAAGCAAUAGAAUUCGUAAGACAAUACCUAGUCAAGAGUUGCUUAUACAGUACCGGAUUAUAUGACCAACAACAACUAUUAACUGAAGCUGGUACUUACCUCAUAGUACAAAUCACACCUGAUUGCAUCCUCAUAUCUGGAAAUAAAAUGUUGUAUGGAGAUGUUGGUACGACGAAUGGAGUUCUCCAUGUCAUAGCCAGUAUUUCACCUUCAUAGCAUUUCCUUAGCUGUUGUAAUUAUUAAUUUAAUAAAUGUUCAUUGUCAUCAUUAUAAAUAA